AUGUGGCAGAGGAAUGAGACCUCUCUGGCUGACUUCAUCCUUGAAGGGCUCUUUGAUGACUCCCUCGCCCAUGUCUUUCUCUUCUCCUUGACCAUGGUGGUCUUCCUGGUUGGGGUGAGUGGCAACUCCCUCACCAUCCUCCUCAUCUGUGCUGACCCCAGACUUCACACCCCCAUGUACUUCCUGCUCAGCCAGCUCUCCUUCAUGGAUCUGAUGUUUGUCUCCACCACAGUCCCCAAGAUGGCUGCCAACUACCUCUCUGGCAGGAAGUCCAUCUCCUUUGUGGGCUGUGCAAUCCAGCACUUCCUUUAUUUGCUUCUGGGUAGUGCUGAGUGUGCUCUCCUUGCACUGAUGUCCUAUGACCGCUAUGUGGCCAUUUGCAACCCACUGCGCUACACUGUCCUCAUGAACAGAAAUGUGACACUGAUGAUGGCUGCCAUAGCAUGGUUGGGAGGAUUCACGAACUCUAUAAUUCACACCAUGAUCUUGAUGCACUAUCCUUUCUGUGGAUCUCGAAAAAUCAGUCACUUCUACUGUGAAUUUCCAGCUGUUGUGAAGCUGGUGUGUGGAGACAUCACUGUUUAUGAGAAGACAGUUUAUAUCAGCAGCAUCCUACUUCUGCUCCUCCCCAUCCUGCUGGUCUCUGCAUCUUAUGCCUUCAUCCUCCACAGUGUCAUUCAUAUGAGAUCUGCUGGGAGUAAGAGAAAUGCCUUUGCCACCUGUAGCUCUCACCUCACUGUGGUCUUUCUCUGGUUUGGUGCCUGCAUCUUCUCUUAUAUGAGACCCAGGUCCCAGCACACCCCACUGAAGGACAAAGUUGGUUCUCUGUUCUAUAGCAUCAUAACUCCCACUCUGAAUCCUCUGAUCUACACUCUGCGGAAUAAGGAUGUAGCUAGGGCUAUAAAGAAAGCUCUGUUUGACUUGUCCUUGGCCAGUCCACACUUAAGUUACUGUGCUGCUGUCCUAGUUGCCUCUCUAAUGCUUCUUGAACAGACAUUAGUUUUUAUGGACAUAUCAGAAAGUUCAAUUGGGAAAAGGACCAUGAUUGCUGUAUAUGAUUCCAUACAUGAUAUUCAAUACAGAGGGAACUUUGGGGUUAGAACAAGAAAUCUGAUCAGCACCUUAGGAAGGGCGUCUUUGGAGAAUGGUUUCACUCUGAGUCAGUGUGGAGCCAGCCCACCCUCCUCUUCAUUCUAUACUUGUUCUGCUGACUCAUCUCUUCAAAGGCGAUCCCAGAGCUGCUCAGACUCUGGGCCAGGUGUGCGUGUACCUAGUCUUACCAAGGAGAGCCUCAGCUCCUACAAGAGAACCAUACCCCCAAUUCCAGAGGCAGCCAAGACCGAUGGGCUUCAAUCUGCUCUUGCAGAACAAGAGCUCAUGGUUUGGGUUUCUGUUGCUCUUUGA